CUACUCAUUCGCAUUCCAGACACGCAGACAAACAGCGUCGAGAUUAAUCCGCUUGUUUUCCAGACUAAACCUGAAGUGUUUUAGCUAUGGGCAAGAUUUUUUUCUUCAUUUUGAUCACUUUACUUCUUCUGCAUGCGACACACGCUAAAGAAGAAAAGCAGACCCAGAAGGCCAAGGGCAAUGCCACCGAUUUCGCCAGCCCGCGGACCUUCCAAGGACAUGCUAUUGCAGUUAACAUAGGCCUUGAUGGGAAUCGAACACACACACAUGUCUUGCCACCUUUAUUCGAUGAUGUAGAAAUGGAGUUACGAAGCAACAACACAGCAGCCUACCUCGGAGGCCGUCUGAGCAAGUGGUUCAUCCCAACAGUCUACAUCAUAGCCAUCAUCGUCGGGAUUCCCGCCAAUAUCGCCAUUUUGUUUGCUGUUGGAGCCAAAGUGAGGAUGGUAUCAUCUGCCAUUAUGUACUGUAGUUUAGCUGUGUCUGACCUGCUGCUGUUACUUAGUCUCUUGCUGAAGACACAUUAUCACCUCAACGGCAACCAUUGGAUAUUCGGCGAAACCGCCUGUCGUAUCACCACCGCAUGUUUCUACGGCAACCUCUACUGUUCAGCCUACACGCUUGCUUGUAUUAGCAUUAAGCGCUACAUGGCAGUGGUUCACCCCUUCCUCUAUAAGAGCCUGCCGAAGCGCUCGUUCAGUUCAUGGUGCUGCUUGACCAUUUGGGUUAUAUUCAUUAUGGCCAUUUUGCCAGAGCUCUUGGUCAAACAAAGCUACCACAUCCCGCAACUCAAAAUCAUCACAUGCCAUGAUGUCCUCCCGGCCAAUUUAUCCAUGGCGUAUCAAUGGCUCAUUUACUAUAAUCUCGGCCUCACCUGUGUUGGCUUCUUCCUGCCCCUGGUGUUGAUGAUGACAUGUUACACAUCUAUCGUCUGGCACCUCAAUCGCUCGCACCAGGACUGGGCCCUCUACAUCAGAGCCAGCACUUUUAACUUCGUCAUCUUCCUCGUUUGCUUCGGCCCUAGCAGCUGCUUUCAUUUUGUGCAUUACGUGCUGCUCUCCACCAGCACUAUUGAGAAUUUCUACAUGUACUUCAGCGUGACAGCGUGCCUGUGUUGUCUACAUUGCGCUCUGGAUCCGUUUCUGUUCGUUCUCAUGUCAAGGACCGUCGGAACCAAACGCUACUUCCUUGCAUGGAAAGGACGGGCUUAUAGUAUUUCUACCUAAAGUCACAUUGAUUGCGUUUGUGUAAAAGACAUUGUAUUUUAUGUAGAAUAAUGUGCACUUAUGAAUCAUGCACGAUUCUGUAUCGAUAAACAAGGAAAGUAAAUUGUGUCAAUUUUGAUUUCAUGUUAACCUUAAAGCCACAAUUCUUAACGUUUUGGUUAAAAAUAAACAAAAAGUGCUCCAACUGUUAGCUCAUUAUAAAGAUUUAUAGUUUGAGUUGUCAGUACAAUUCCGUGAAGAUGUCCGUUUGAUAUAAUUUGAUACUAACCAAUGUAAAGAUACAGAAACUACACAGCAGAAUCGCAAGGGUCAGAUUGAAGCUCAAAGGUGAAAUUAACUCUCACAGUGUAUAUAAUAUACACUUUGAGAGUGUGGAUUAUAUACAGUGUGAGUGUUAAUUUAACAUAGUUUAACGCUGGCAAUUUUUCUGUGUAUGUGAAGUAAAAUAAAGUGAUCUUGAUUUGAACCUUGUUCUUGAUAGGGGUUCUUAUGCAAAGGCACAAGGAGGACUUAUGUUUUUUUGUUCUAGCCAAUCGGAUUGGACAGAACCAGCACCUUUUAUACUGAAUACAAAUGGAGAGACAUUUAAAUGAAAGGGGUGUAAUAAACUGCCUGGACUGUGUUCAGAAUGUGUGUGUGUCUGUCCGUUUGUGAAUAGGAAAGUGUUAUGUAAAGCAUUGUUGGCAAAGGCAAAGCUUUGCUGUGUUAUUUUUCCAAGAAAAUCUUAACGCUUUAUGAUAAUCACUAUAAAUGUUAUGCAAUAACCGUAUGUGAAUGUAAAAUACAGAAUGAAAAAAGUAAAUAAAAGCGAAUAAUAAAG